CUCGAAGCUAAGUUUUUGUUGUAAGAAAUACUCGUUAACGUUUUUUGGAAUCGGAAAGCAGUUCAUUAGAAAGUGACACUCAGUUACAGCAGGGACUGGUCAGCGAAAGUUUUAUUAGCCCCUGGUGUCCGAUCGCUUUGAAAAAGACGAGUUGUCAUCAGUAAAUGUGACUGUUUGAUUUAAAAGUUGAGUCAAGGUCGCUCUCAAGAUUCUGUCUCUUUCUUGGAACGAACUUUAGAAGCGCUGUUUUGGCGAAAGCAGUAGCUUCUGGCUAAAAACGGCUCUGGUUGAAGAAAAUGGACUUGGAAUUCUACAGUGACCACAAUUUGGACACUACAGAUUUCUACUCGGCAUUAAAAGGAUUUAAUGUGAACAUGUCUGCCAAAAAGAAUAAUGGUCCCCGUGUUCCAAAGAUAAAGUUCGAGAUGGACUACCAGUCGUCGGAGAGCGAUCAGAUCUGUAUGAUUCCUCUGGAAUCCAUCAAGAAAGAAAAAGAAAAUGUGGACGAUUCCUGCGUGCCCGAGCAGCGACCAUACAAGUCCAUGCGCAAAGUGCCUUCCAUGUCAGAUCUCUCCGAAGAGGGUUCCUUAGAUUUGCCCACCCAAAUGCCACCUCUAACUCCUGGAACCAACCAAAAAAUGACACAAGCUCUGAGAGCGAGUUUCAGCAGUUGGGAAAAGGAACGUGUCUUGAGGAACAUCCCAAAAGAUCCUCGUCUUUGGAAAGAAAUAGAAGUCGCUCAUUGGUUGAACUGGGCAACUCGAGAGUUCAGUCUGGAAGGAACUGCGCUGCCCAAUUUCAAUAUGUCUGGUAAAGAAAUGUGUGCCUUGUCCAAAGAGGCCUUCCUGGCCAGAUCGCCCCCAUUUAUGGGUGACAUACUAUUGGAACAUUUAGACAUACUACAGAAAGACGUUGAAAAAGAGCAUCCCAAUUUGGAAAACGUGCCUUCUAAUUUGUACGAGUCCGUAUGUAUGCCUGAUUUCAACGAAUUCUUUCAACAAGGGGAAAUUUUGCCCCUAUCAGAGCACAAAAACAACCAAACGACGAUGAACAACUCAAGCAGUCAGCAACAGCAGUAUUUGGAAAAUGGCUACAGUCAUGUUCCACACCCGAUGCAUAAUUUACACGAAGUUACACAUGAUGAAAUCAUUCAUUACGACGACAACCACGAUUAUGGACUUGAAACACCUAGUGCUCAUAACCAUUAUAUUGACAGUAGUCCAGAAUUUUAUCCCAAUCAGCAGUCACUGAAUAUCAACCAGGAAACCAAGUUCCAGCCCGCAUAUCAUGGGAAAAAUUUCUCCCGAGGACGGUAUACUCCCCACGAGCUUGGACUGCCUGAAAGUUACAAUUCCCACCAUCACUACGACCAAACCUUUCAGACUGUUCCAUCAUCAGUUCCACCUUCACCCGACCAGUGGCCUGCGGAUCUGAGCCACAAUACCAAUGGAUCCCUCUCCAAUGGCCAUCAUGCAUCUCACCACCACCAAACUCAUCCUGCGUUCACCACUCUGCAGACUCGAGAAUCCCCAUUGUCGCAUCUGGGACAUGUGCAAAAUUCUUCACCUGGGCAUGUGCAAGGGCAACAAGGCUGUGAUGUUAAGCCUGUGAUACAAGCUGCAGUACUCGCUGGAAGUGGGCCUAUCCAGUUGUGGCAAUUCCUACUGGAACUCCUUACGGAUAAAUCUUGUCAAGGCUUCAUAAGCUGGACGGGAGAUGGCUGGGAGUUCAAACUCACCGACCCCGACGAAGUGGCCAGGCGAUGGGGCAUCCGAAAAAACAAACCGAAAAUGAACUAUGAAAAACUGAGCCGCGGUUUGAGAUAUUACUACGACAAGAAUAUCAUCCACAAAACUGCUGGCAAACGGUACGUGUACCGCUUUGUGUGUGACUUGCAAAGUCUGCUGGGGUACACUCCAGAGGAAUUGCACGCCAUGGUCGACCUGAAACCCGAAAAGAAGGAAGACGAGUGAAAUUCCCACCUUUGAAACAUUUACAUUGAUGAGGGCUAUUAAAUGGCUUUGUUAAUGUCUUUGUGUAUUUUUACCACCUGAGCCCUGUUUCUUGUCAAAGGCCAACUUUGAAGCCCCCAAGUAGUGAUAUUGCAAAGGCUUUGAUUAUGUAUGCUUUGAUCAUGCAUAUAUUAAUCAUUUACCUUUCUAGUCUAGUACAGGAUGAAAUUCGAGUCCUACUAUAAGAAAAUCAUAACGUUUUCUGCGUGGCUGAAGUUCCAAUAAUCUAGAAAUUGAAAAAUUUAGCCCUCAGUUAUACAAUCAUUCAUUCAUUUCAGAAUCAUUGUGGCAAAAAAAAAAAAAAAAAAAAAAAAAAAAAAAAAUAUUGCAAUUAAAAUGUUAAGACAAAAAUAAUUUACAAGCAAGUCUGUGAUAAGAGCAAUUUUUACUAUUUUUCAAAUACAUCCUUUACAUCGCUUGGAUAAGCUUAAAUUCAUUUUCAUAAAAAAGCAAUUAUUUUCAUAAAAAUCUUAUCAUCUUACAGUCUAAGUUGUUAACCAUUGUGUCGUUAUUUCGAUACUUCUGUAAUUGCUUCUGUUUAGUUUUUAGUGUUCCAUAUUUGUUGAAUUGUGCAUUUUUAUCGUUAAAAUGAUCAUCAUAAAAACCUAUAAUUAGUGCUAUCUUUCAAACAAACAUUCGCCGCUAUGUGUAAUUAUUUCAUGCCCAUUAUUCAGCAAUCUACUUGUGAAACUUUGCACAAAAUUUGAAUUGUUCUGUCUUUUUUCCAGUAGAAAACGUGUCUCCAAACUAUAUAAUUGAGUGUAUCUAAUGCCACAUUUCUUAAUUUUUGGGUUAUUGGAACACAGCAUUUUUGUUGAUGAUUGGUAAAAAAAAUAUUUCAAAGCUGAAAUGAUUUCUUUGCUUGAUUGUGGCUUGGGACUAAACAGAACGCUUAAAUUUAUUCUUUGAUACUGCUGUGUGUUAAGGGAUUAAAAGGCUGUUACUUGAUCUCAAAAAGGACUGAUGCAAAAUGCUCUUGACGAAUAUUUGCAUUUUGAUUUCGUUAACCAAAGUUUCAAUGUGAUUUUGUUCAUUGAAUGGAAUUCAAAUGUUGCAGUAUCCAUUUAUUCAAGGAAUAAUAGUUGCAAUAUAUUUACAUCACAGACACUGAUAAAAUAAUUAGCUUAUGUGUAUAAAGCAGCUUGCUUUUUAUAUGUGUGUGUGAAAUUUAUUUCAAUUUGCUGGGGUGGAAGUAAUAGAAGUUGGCCGCUUCAAACUGUUGUAUGUGUUUUCCCAGUGACUGUAUUUUAAACAUAGCUCUGAGAACUCUGUAGCAAAUUGCUGUUAUUUCUUUUAAAAUGUAUUGUUUACAAAGCUUUUUUUAAGUGGCUGUGUAGGAUUAAUUAGAUUAUUAUAUACUUUUGUAUGUAUGUAUGUAUAUUGAAUGUGUGUCUGUAAUUUUGCUUUCGAGAACUUAAAUGUUUUUGUUCUGACAACUGGGAAAAAAUGGAUGUAUUUGUUCGAUUAUUAUUAUGUACAUUUUGACAAAAUAUAACUUUACAGCAAGCCUAAUUCAAAAUUUUUAUACAAGUAAUAUUAUUGUGAGAAUUUACAGAACUUUUAGUUUUCAAUUUUAUCCAUUUUUUACAAUUGCAUUUUAUGAGUUUUUAUUUAUUACAAAUAUCAAAGAUUUCUGAAACAGUUUUUUUUUUCAUUUUCUUACAUUAAUUUAUUCAGUGAUAACUUUUAUAUAAAACUACGCUUGACAUCCAAACUGGAUACUCAUGUUUUACAACUACUAGUUAAAAUUAAAAUUUUAAAAUAUUUUUUUAUAUUUUUUAAAAUGUCAAUUUAAAACGACAAUUUCAAAUGAAAAGUUACUGCCCUAUAGUUUUCGUUAUGACACCACCAUUUUGCUUUGUAAAUAUCAAGUGCUUGUUUGAAUGUGCGUGAGUUUUUCUGUGAUUCUGCUGCAGUAAGAUAAAAGUGGAGAUACCAAACCUGAACAUGUUGAAAACUUCCAAAGCCUAUUUUGUUUGGUUUGAAGGUUGCACAAUUUUAAUGCUUUUAGAGUUGCACCAUUUGUUUAAGUUUUAUGUAGAAAUACUUUAAUAUCCUUAUGGUGAAACGUUCGGUUGGGAAUCGAAAAAUUUGAAACAUUAAAAUCAGAAAGUAUUAAUGAAAGAGAGAGAAAAAAAAGAAGUGAUAUUUAAAGUUACAAUGAUAAAUAAAAUUUAUCUUAUGAAAUGCUUUAUCCAAAUUUGUGAAAAUUGAACCUUUUAAUCGAUGCAAUUGCGAUCUUGAAGCAACAUCUUUUAUUAAAUUUGAUAUAUUCUACAUUAUUAUACAAUUUUUAAUACCUUUCUACGAAAUUCUAACUAUAUUUGCUACUUCAGAAUUUUUAAUUGUUCAUAGCAAAGCUGUGUUUUUUGUAAGAUAUCAAAAAAAUGAAAAUUUACCCGUUUGAAUUGCAUUUUUUAUUCGAAGAAAGAAAUAUGUUUGUAAUUAUUAGAAUAUAUAUUCCUCGAAGUGCCUUUGGCUGAACUGCUGUAUGUUGGCUUCACAAACUGUAAUCAAAUGUUUGAAAUGACUUUCGAAUCCUUUAUUAUGUGUGAUGUGCUUUCCUGUCAAAAGUCCAGAGUUCAGAUCGAAAAAGUUGUCUUCCAGAGCUUUCUUGUCAUCUCGAACGCACAUGUCUGCUCUGGGAAGUUGAGCCAUCUACUUAUACAAAUAAAAAAAAUUA